UUACACAAGGUUGCCCGGGGUUUUGCCGGCGGACACGGAAAAAGUCAUGAGUAGCACCUUUAUUUCCUGCGGGUCCGUAUGGUUGACGAAGAGGUUCAUGAAUGCCCGAAACAAAAAUAAGAAGCUGAGUUUUGUGGGUGAAGAUCACUGGGAAACGAUGGUUAAGUAUUGGGCAAGUCCGGAUUUUCAAGCAAAGAGUGAGAGGUCGAGCAAAAACCGAAACACGGAGAAGGCAAAGCAAAGGCAAUACUAUGGGGGGCAUCGUUCCGUGAGCGAGCACAUCAAGAAGAUGGAGGAGGAGGACAAAGUCGUUCCAAAUCAACUCAAGGUCAUUAACCGCUUCUUUGUGAAGAAGGGUUCCCAGCCGUCUCAAGAAGUUGCUGAAAUCAAGCAAGCCGCAUCCCGAUCUGGGUCCAAUUCUAUAACUCUUGAUGAUGUUGCUGAGGAAGAACUAGAAGAUGACCAUGGGUUGUACGCUGAGGUGGUGGGGAACAAGAAGAACCAGGUCUUCGGGCGGGGCUAUGAAGCUGGAUCUUCCGGAUCACUUCCUUCGGGAGGCACUAGCCACGAAGACUAUGCUGCACGGCUGAAGACCGAAUUGGAGUUGAAAUUGGAGAAAAAAUUUGAAGAAAAAUUUUAGGAAAAGAGUGCCAAUUUAGAGAAGAAAUAUCAAGCUCAAUCCCAUGACUUUUUAAGUCAAUUUCAGGGAUUGAAAGAGUCGGUCAAUUAUUUGACCUAGGGCCUCAGUUUCCAGGUUCUUUGUCCGACAGUGCAACCCCCUUGAAGUCCAAGUACUUUGCUUCAUCAACAGCUCACCCCUUCUUAUUAUUGUGCCUCGCAGCCCUUAAUGUCUCCCAUUCCUGUUUUUCAACAACUUGUGGUCCUCCCCCAAAUGCCAAAUGCUCAAUCGGGAGGACACAAUUCAAAUAACUGUGAUGUUAACAG